ACUCGUUAGCCUGCGUCGAACACAGAUCGGUAAACGAUCUACCGAUUUUUUCACCUACCGAUCGACUCAGUGAUCGUUAAAAAUACGGUGUGUGGUGAUAUCGAGAUGCUUCAACCGUCGAUGGGUUCGCCAGGCGAUCUAAUCGGCUUUCACACGAGUCUAGGAAAAAACCAAACGAUUGUAAUGAUCGUGAGUAAAAUAAAUCAUCUUCUAAAUCAGUGAGAAAAGGCAUCCGCUAUUUUUGGGCUUGAGCAAAAGGGGGAAAAAACCGAAGCGAUAAUCAAUCUCAUCAAAAAUGUGGAUUCUACUAAUCCUGCAAGCUGUUCUCGCACAAGCUGCAGUUCGGAUCAACGAACCAGCUGUAAGAGGCAUUUAUACCCAUGGCGAAGCCAUUGACGACUUCGACGUCGCGACGCCGUACAAAGUGACCCCAAGUGGUGAACUCCUGUCUCACAACGUGACGCACCAUCACGACGAUGAUGGAGCUGAAGUUCACUACCGGAUGAUGGUUGCCGGGUCAGAGUAUCACCUCGACCUGCAACCUUCCCGCGGAUUCAUCUCCCCUGGGCUGACUGUCGAGCGCCGGAAGAGGGACGUCCACGUUAGAAGGCCCCCGAGAAAUCAUGGAAGCAAGUGUCACUACCAUGGCGUCAUUCGAGGACACGAGAAUUCUCACGUAGCAAUUUCCGCCUGCGACGGACUGACUGGCGUUCUCCGCGGGGACCACGGGGAGUUCUGGAUGGAACCAGUCGCCGUCGGCUCCGGAGGUUGGGAGGCUUCGGCCCACGCGACAACGUCGACGGCGGCGUCGGGUCGCCCUCACCUUGUCUUUCGACGCUCAAAUCCCGCCCCCGCCUCCUCGGAGGUCGGCGCCAAAGCCGGCCAGAGGCGAAGGAAGAAAAGGAAGAAGAAACACGAAAAGAACUGCGGCACCCGCGAGCCAAGACGACUAACGGAAACACGAUUGGAAUGGCAAACGCAGCCCGGUCUGGUUCAAGUUCAGGGUCGAGGACGGCGAAAGUACCACCCCUCAAAGAAGUGGCAUCGUUUCAAGAGGUCUGUAAGCCGAGCGCGACACGUCGAGGCUUUGGUUGUCGCGGAUACCUCGAUGAUGGCCUUUCAUCAGGACGGAGAUGUCGAGACGUAUUUGCUGACGAUCAUGAACAUGGUUUCAUCCCUUUACCUCGACCCGACUAUCGGGAAUUUCAUUAACGUUGUGGUCGUUAGGAUUAUCCUGAUGGAAGAGGAUGAUGGCGAGCAAGGAUUAAACGUCACCGUCAACGCGGACAAGACCCUCUACAACUUUUGCAAAUGGCAACAGAUGUUGAAUCCUGGCGAUGAUUCCCAUCCUAACCACCAUGACGUUGCCAUUCUUGUCACCAGAGAAGAUAUUUGUUCAAGGGCUAGCACUCCUUGCAGUACGUUAGGUGUUGCCCACGUUGCUGGUAUGUGUCAACCGGAUAGAAGCUGCAGUGUUAAUGAAGAUAACGGUAUCACCUUGGCACACACGAUCACUCAUGAGUUGGGGCACAAUUUCGGAAUGUACCAUGACACAGAGAAGAUAGGUUGUAGCAGGAGGGACGGGAACACCUUACAUGUGAUGACGCCAUCAUUUGAAGUGGACACAGUGGGUGUGGCUUGGUCAAGGUGUUCCAGAAGGGACAUAACUAACUUCUUAGAUCAAGGAAAAGGACAAUGUCUCGAAGACGAGCCUGCUGAUAACGACUACGCAUAUCCUGAUCUCCCUCCAGGUGCUAUGUACAACGCAGAACAUCAAUGCAGACUCCAGUUCGGUGUGCGUGAAGCAGCCGUGUGUUCUCCUUUACAAGAGAUUUGCUCCAAGCUGUGGUGCGUUGUGGAUGGAAUUUGUACAUCAAUGCUUCAUCCCGCAGCACCAGGGACACACUGCGGCAAACACAUGUGGUGUCAAAAUCAGGAGUGCGUACCGAUCGUCGACAUGCCCAGUGCAAUUGAUGGUGGCUGGGGAGAAUGGGGCAAGUGGGAACCAUGUUCCAGAACAUGUGGAGCAGGUGUAUCAAUCAUUGAAAGAAAGUGCGAUCACCCGGAGCCAGCUCACGGCGGUAAAUUUUGCGUCGGCGAGAGGCGUCGAUACAAGAUUUGCAACACAGAACCUUGUCCCGAAGGGGCGCCAAGCUUUAGAAGUGUCCAGUGUACCGCUUACAAUGACAAGCCUUACAAAGGGAAGAAUUACACUUGGCUGCCAUAUUUUGAUCAGAGUGAACCAUGUGAACUGUACUGUACCGAUACCGAAGAGAGCGUCAUCGUGCCUUGGGGUGAAUCUGCGCUAGAUGGAACGCCAUGUAACGUAGGAACAAGAGAUAUGUGCAUUGCUGGUAUAUGCAAGAAGGUUGGAUGUGAUUGGGUUGUGGAAUCAGAUGCGACGGAGGAUCGCUGUGGAGUGUGUCACGGUGACGGAACGCAGUGUAAGACAACCACAGGGCAGUACGAUAAAAACGAAGGUCCAGGAUACAACGAAGUGGUCGUCAUUCCGGCCGGAUCAAGGAACAUAAAUCUCGAGGAGAUUGGAAACAACAGGAACUACAUCGGCAUCGGUGUACCCAAGUCGGACAAAUACUUUCUCAAUGGAAAGCGGCAGAUCACCCUAGCUGGCGAAUACGAAGUUGCGGGGACUCCGGCUCUCUAUGAACGUGACCGUGAACGCGAGAAGGUGCGAAUUCCCGGACCAAUCAAAGAAGAUAUCGUCGUCUACUUAAUUUGCAGAGGUCAUUACCGCAACUUUGGCCUACGUUAUGAAUACACGGUUCCAAAAGCCGAGCCCGACCGUGCCCCAGAAUAUUCCUGGGUAUUCUCGGACUGGUCGUUAUGUACGGUGACUUGUGGAGGCGGUUUUCAAAUUUCCAAAGCAUUUUGUCACGAAAGCAAGAGUGGCGUUGUGGGGGAGGACUUUUGCAAAGAUACGAACAAGCCGGAACCGGUCACCAAAGAAUGCAACCAGAAACCAUGCCCUGCCAGAUGGUGGGUCGGACCGUGGCAGAUGUGCACAGUGACAUGCGGAAUUGGAGUGCGCAAAAGGUCGGUGAUGUGUGUGUCAUCUGGCGAGGGCGAAGAGAGUUCAGAUCUUGCGCUGCCCGAUAGCGAUUGCAACGGAGAGAUCCGUCCCGAGGAACUUGAUACAUGUCCAGCGCUUCCAAUGUGCGAGACGACCUCAGAGAUCCCGCUGAUAGUCUACGCCAGCAGCAAAGAGAACGCCUUCUACAACGUAACGUCGAACGAGAACUACGGAAUAACUGUGAUCAGCAGUCUAACUACUGAGAAACCGGAGAUCUUGGAGUUCGACAACGUCGUGGACGGAAACACGGACAGCUCGAUGUACGACGCUAAGGCGAAGUGGACCGUCUCGGAGUGGAGCCUCUGUCAGUAUGGAAAACGUACACGGGAAGUAUCUUGUCCUGCUUCCGGAGAUUGCGACCCCUUAGCGAAGCCGGUUUCAGUGGAGGAUUGUCGGAUCGGGAAAUGGGUCACUGGGAAAUGGAAAUCCUGCAAUGCUACUUGCGCCUCCAGGACCGGCGUCAAAAGACGCAACGUUGAAUGUCGCGAUAGAGUAACGAACUUGUUGGCCAAGGAUUGCAAUCCAGUGCGACGUCCACUGGGCAUUCGAAGGUGCAACAUGAGGAGACAGUGUGACUCAUCAGUUCAUAGUUGUAGAGACACUCUGGACUCAACGACAUGCGACAAGUACAGCCACAUGUGCAACGUAUCUGCGCCACUCCGGGAGUCAUGCUGCGUAACUUGCUCCCAGGGGCGACGACACGUACGCCAUAAUCGACGUCAUUUGUCACGAAAGUAAUCCAGGAGAAGCUGGAACUUUUGCAGUCAGAUUCAGAGGUUGUGAGGUUCUCUCUUCGCCCGAAGAGACCAGAGACGAUGUGGAAGAGAACAUAACCACCCAAUUUCGAGAUUAAACAUUCGAAUUCUGUCUUGUUCAUGUGACGAAGUGAAAGUGAGUGAAUGCAUUUGGAUGGAGAACCUCGACGGGGUACUUCUUUGUUAGAACGACGUCAUUUCUAGAAGACGGAUUCAAAUCUCGAGUUGCUGGUAGUCUGGACAGUGUCAUUCGAGUACAAUUUAUCUUAUUCUUAAAAGUAACGUCUUAUCAAGACAAUUAGAGCGGCCGUGGUUAUUACGUAUGGCCGAAUUAGUACAACAGAUACAUGCAGUUUUUGGCCAAGUGACGUUUUAACUUUAUAUAUUUAACGUCUUAGCUUUAGUUUGAUUCGAAAAUAUCCUUAAGUUAGACUCUGGCGGAUUAAAGGUGAGUUUUUUAUUGGCUCUGCCAUUAUGUGUCUGAAACAGAGAUGAAGUACCGAGUUUCGUGUUGGUUGCGGAAAAAUAUAAUGUCGAAUAAAGAGACACGAAACUCAUUUGCAAACACGUAGUGAUAGCAAAGGCUUGAUUAUUAUACUCAAAGGUCUCUAAUAAUGAGUGAGUACUUAAAACCCUUAGAUUCUCAGCAUUUAUUGCAGGUUUGGGUUCGAAAAUUGGGAAUUUCGUUUUUCUCUUUCUCGUGUUGCUCGAAAAUCGUUAAUUCCAAUACCAAUAAUCAGUAUAAUAGAUUUUUCAUUAAGGAAAUAUAAUUUCUACGAAUAAAAUGUAUUUGUUAGCUUGAUCAAAUCAAGAAAAUGCUACUAUGGGUGAUAAUCGACAUUAAAAUAUAAUCUCAAUGCCAAGUGUCUACCAACAAUCUGAGAAUAAAUAAUUAAUUAAAAUAA